UGCAAUACUUCCAGUAAGGGUACAGCAACGCCCGGUUUGACGAACCGUGUUAGCCCAAUUGGAGAUUGCAUACCCCCCCAUCCUUUCUCGCCGAGUGAGAUUUCAAAUAGCAUGCCAAAUUCUGAUCAAAAUUUUAUAGAUUCAAAUAGCAGUUGUCGAGGGUCCUAUUACACGAUGAGCAGUAAAAAAGCAUCGAUCGUGAUGUUAGCUGCUGCUGACGCCAGCCGUUUUGGCGAAAGUAUUAACAUUGUCUUCCGAUGGAAGAGAAGUCUCUACAAGAUGAUUUGGAGGCAUUCACUGGUUUUCCUUGUCGUUUACUUCUCGUUAACAGCACUCUACAAUUUCGGUUUAGAAAAGGACAACAAAAAACACUUUGAGGCUUUAAGCGCCUAUUUCGCCCGCUACACGCGCUCGUUUAACUGGAUGAUUAUGCUCGGAUUCUUCACCAACACGGCGCUGCAUCGCUUGUUCACUCUGCAGAUGACGACGCCUGGCACAGCUAAAACCACCACCAUCUUCAUCAUGUCUCUGAAACAAGAUUUACCUGAAGGUCCGGAUAUUGUUGACCAGUACGCCCGGUGGGUUGUCCUCGCAUGGAUCCUCACAUUCCGCUCCGUGUGCAAGCCUUUACGAGACAAAUUUCCAAAUUUAACUGCAAUCCAAACUUCAGGGAUCCUUUUAGAGGAGGAGAAACGUAUUCUUCAGCGCGGAGGAUAUCCCACACCACGCCCUUUAAUUGUCAUCGAGUGGUUACUUUUGCUGCUCAAAGAGUGUGUCAAGGAAGACCGUUAUAUUAACAAGUCAAGUCACAACAAGAACGUUGAAGCCGUCAUGACGUUCAAAAAAGGUUGCAGCAAUAUCAUCAAGUUCUCUACACAGAACAUUCCAUACGCUGUCAUUCAGGCCGUCAUCAUUGUAGUCUACUGCUUCGGGGUGGUUACGGCGAUGGCUCGCAAUCUUCCAAAGUUUGACAAUGAAAUCGUUCGCCACGUCAUUGGGUACUUCCCCGUGAUGCCCUACAUCCAGUUUUUCGUAUUCAUCGCUUGGCUCAGUGUCGGCAGAGCAGCCGUGAAUCCAUUCGGAAACGACGACACGGACAUUGACGUCAGAAAACUUUGCGAAGCUCACAUGCAGGACCUCAACUGGCUGACAGAACUAUAUACGAAAAAGUUGGAUGACGUCUUUUAUAAUCUGCCUCAAAAGCAAUUUAGAUCUAAUAACCAAGAACAGCCCUCAAAGCUUCCAUUCCUAGAGACAGCCUGUUGAUUUCGGCAAAGAGACGACUCACGCUAUUGUCCAAAGUGUUGUAGAAAAAUCCUCAUAACGCACACAUGCACCAUCGCAAUUUAUUCAAGCGAAUAUUGGAGUGGACACAUUCUCUGCUGCUGCAGUUGAUUUAAUUGUUGACUCUGAUUCUGUUUUAAGCAUUUUUCAAGUCCAUCGCUAGUACCGAUGUAUCGUAGAAUUUAAGUGGAUAAAAAAAAGGGAUCAACUACCAGCACCAAAAAUGGCAUGAACGAAAUUAACGAAUAAAUCCAAAAAGACUUUCACAGGUACCAGUAUACAUUUUAAAUGCC